GCGGUGCACCUGUCGCGGAAGUAGCUCACCUACGCUUUACCUCGGAUUUACCCGCAUUAUCAAAAAUGUCUCCGUAGGCCCUGCCGAACCGCACCGUCAUAUCUACACAUUAACUCAUCAAUAAUCAUGAAGAGGGGAACGCUGAACUUUCUGGGUCGAAAGAACCAGUCUCUUUUCGACACUAAUAUCAAAAUCAAGGACAUGGACCGUGUGGAGCUGGUACUGGAUUCACCAGCGAUCCCUGAGUCAGGGACUGCCAGUGUGCGGGCCAGACCCACCGUCAAGCAUCACGCUUCAUCUGAUAAUUUUCAAGGGUUUGCUGUUCCAACACCCAAAGUCCCCCUCCUCCCCCCUGUCAAAGGUCCAAAGGCCAAUGGUUCAGUCGGUGGAGAUCAGUUGACCAAUGGAUCAGUUAUAUCUGUGCCUGACCUUGUGGAGGGGGAAAUAUUUGUUCCUCCCCCUCCCUCUAUGGCACCUCCACCCCCUCCAGGGACUUUUAUCCUUCCUCCACCAGACUUCAUGGGUGUACUCAACAGUCCAGACCUGGCAACCCUUCAGCCUCCUUCCAUGCCGGCUCCAAAAACCACUUUGCUGGCACCAGCCGUGGAGGAAGAUUUAGCCUUAUUAAAACCGCCACUAAUGGCUCCACCAAAGCCUCCAUCUAUAAACUCUUCUGGCUCUGCAUCAUCCAUACCCAUUUCUAGUCCACCAUCAGCCAAAGUUCCUGGGCAUCCAAAAUUUGCCCCACCAGAGCCCCCUACUGAAAAGCAAUACAAGACUCAUAAGACACCACCUCCAAAGCCUGUUAGAUUGUCCUCUAUCUCCAACCUUGACUUGCCACCACAGACUCCUGCCCCACCGCCCCCUGUGCAGACACCCACACUCUCCACCUUUAAUCCCCAAAACACAGCGAAGCUUUACAAUGUUCCUAAAACCUCAGUUCUCAGUGGGUAUGAGAAUCGUGACACAAGACCCAAGCAGAUGUUACUCCUGGAAGAUUCUGGGUCUGUUAACUCUGCCAUAGUGCUUGUCCAGGUGGAAGGGAAAGUCCCUAAAGUGGCUACACCAUCUAAACCUGAUUCCAAACACAUACAGGAGCUGAAGGAGAACUCACAGAAUACCCAGCCCUCUCAACCACCAAACAAGGAGGCUAACACACGGACAGUUUCAGAACAGCCAGAAAUAGCCAAACUGCUCAGAACUUCACCUCAGAAGUCACCACAGCUUCAGAAAACGAACAGUUCUCACGUUAAUUCAGAGCCCAACAAGGACAAAGGAUUUCUAAGUCAAAGUUGUAAAUUCAGUCCGUUAUUAGAUCGUAAACUACGCAACCUUAAGAGUAGCGAAACUAAUGGGGCACGAGAGGGACCUGCAGCUUCUCCGCUGGCUCUUUUAAUGGCAGCUAAAGAAAGAGAGAAACACAGAUUGACUCAAUCCCUGUGGCAGGAAAACAGUGUUAAGGAGAACGAGCAGCUGAGCACAAGCAUUCAGCCGAGUGACUCUAGCCCCAAUUCCUUUGUUAUUGUCCCAAGGUCAAGCUCAUCCUCUUCUCUUACAGCUCAAGAAAGAAUACAGGAGAGUCCAAACUCUGUCAGUCCUGUGGAACACACGCAUUCAAUUCAGGCUUCAGAAAAAUUCAGCAGUCCUGCACUGGUCAGGGAUCAGAUGCCAUCUACCGGUCCAGUUCUCAGUAGGAUCACAGCAGCUGCAUCUCCAACUGCAACCAACCUGGUUGAACAGAAACAAAAUGCAAAACAAAGCCCCCCAAAGACUCAAUCUGCACAUCCUGAGGAUAAUAAAGAGGAGUCAAGCAUGCCAUUACUCCCUCCUCCUCCAGAAUUUGAUGAUUUAGAAGAGAUUAUGGAGCCCCCUCCUUCCAUCCGUCCACCUGACCCUCCCGUGAAAAAAGCACCAACACCAACUGUGAGCCCUCCUCCUCCACCUCCGGUUCCAUCCCUUUCUCCAAAAUCUAAAUCCCCUGCAGCACCAAAAUACCUACCUCCUGACAUCAAUGUCAAACCAAAGGCUCAAGUCCAGACAAAACCCCAAGUGGCCCCUACUCAGCUACCAUCGACUCUUUCGCCAAGUCAGGCCACACUCCUGAGCAUCUUACAAAAGAAGAUGUUGGAAAUGGACCACAAAAUGGCCCCGGUGAAGGAGGCAGAGUCCAGUCCUGAUGACUGGAGUGCACCCCUGUCUGAUGAGGACAAUAAGGUCCCUGUUGUCCACAGAACCACACCACAGAGCAAGAAUUACCCUGUGGUCAACAAAGCAGCAAACGUGGACAUGCGGGAAUUGGAGGGUAAAGUGGCCAAAAAAUAUCAGGAAACAUCCUCGAUGAAAGUUCCCACCAGCAAUGGACCAUCAAAACAUCAGUAUGGUAUGACCUUUACAGUUCGGCCUGGAACCAAACAGCCUAUUACCCCUGUUAGUAAAGGGGAAUCUUAAAAAUCUGUGGAGAUUACACACAUCUAUACACACACAUUAAAUGUGAUUGUAUAAUGUGAUUUUGUAUUAGCAGGAUUUUGUACAAUGGGGAAAAAGCACUUUGAACUAAUGAGUUACAUAAAUGGGGUUGGCGAAUAUGUCAAGAAUGUCUCAUAACAAUUGUCUACUCAGUUAUCAAUGAUGUAGUCUGAGUGUAUUGGUCAGUCUCUGAUGGACACACUGUCACUGUAAAAUAAUCAAGUCUCAAUAUUCAUUACCCAUGUGGCAUUCAUUAGUAUAAGCGAUAUCUAUUAAUGAAAUGUUUUGCGCUGAAGUUAUUCUUAGCUGUAAACUAUAAGCUGUAAGUGAAUCUACAUUAUACGGUAAUUUAUAGAUAAUGAAAAGUCUUUCAUAGAUUUCUGUGUAAUCUUGAUUGUAAAAUACAAUAAGAAUGUACAAUGUAACUAUUUUGGAUCUUGCUGAAAUUACAGGUCCCAUAACUGCAAUUUUAUUUCACUGUUACAUGUAAAUUAUGUAGGUCCACUGGAGCAAAGCCAACAGUAAAUUCAGACAAUUGUCAGAGCAUGCUGAUCUCUCAUUAGGAUUGUUUCUGAUAUUUAUUGUUCUAGGAAAUAUUUUUACAAUUGUGUAUCAGUUAUUUGCUGCGGUAAAAUUUGUGUCAGCAUAGCUAAACUCAUGUUGUUAUUGAUGUACAUAUCACUUUGUAUAAGAUUAAAGUAGAAUAAUGUCUGAGUUACACCUUAUCAUGAAGGUUAUGUAAUCAAAAUAUCUAAAAUAUAUUGGUCAUAAAGUAAAUCACAGUUUUUCAUAAACACAAAAUGUUAUCCAAAAACCCCCUAACUGGGAAAUUAAUUAAAGUAGUAACUGCAUGUUUUAAUUCAUUUUUUUUUAAUAAAGUUUUUU